AUGACCAGACCAACAGCUCCGAUUCUCACGGCUGACUAUUAUACCUACUCUACUUACUCUCAGGUAGCCUUUCAUCGACAUGCACAGAAAUUUCACAAUUUCUCUUGGCAGGGUCGCGAUUUCUACGGAGAUUUCGAACCGAAAAGCGAAAGGAGUUACUCUUCUAACCAAAGACCCAUCAGACUUGAGCCGACCAUUUGCAAAAAUAAAUCGAGAUGCAAACCGAGUGUAGAAGUUUUCGAGUUUGGAAAUUGGAAUUUGGAUCAGAAAACUUUCAGGCUACGGGAGCGGCGCAUUUCAUCACUUUCUUGUAUCUCAUAACAUCAAUAAUCGUUUUGGGUUUCCUGGUUUACGCGUAUUAUUUUCAAAGGAUCAGAAAUGAAGUGAGUUUCAGUUCGGAGAGAAAUACAAAAAAUGACGACUUUUUGCUGAAUCUGUCCAGAUUUUCAUUUUAUCAGAAAAAAAGAAAAGAAAAUUCGUGUAUCAAUCGUUAAAACUAGGCUUACACUUGAUUUGGAAGUGGAGCUAAGGAAAUUAGUUGUGCAAAUACAAGGAAGGCAAAAAACCUCUAAAAAACUAAGGCAGACAGAACAAAUUUGAAAGAUUACGCCUUUUCAUUCGUUUUCUGUAAAAAAUGUUUUUCCAGAGGAGUAAAUUUGCCAAAAAUCUCAACUCUACAAGAAGUGACCUCAAUAAUUUUCACCUCAAAGAGAUUAAUUUGGCAGAAAACAACACAGCUUCACACAUAUCUUCUGACUUUCAAAGAAAAAAAAAUCUUAAAAGUCUUUUUAUGUGAGAUUCGCCCAUUCUUAGAACCUACUUAACGAAAUAGUUUUCAUUUGUUUCCGAGUCUUGAAACCAAACGUCAGACAAUUUAAUGUUUUUUGAAACUGUAGCAAACAGGAAAAAAACUUAAAUCAUAAACAAUUUUUUCUCAGUUUUUCUGCCUACACUGUUCUGAGAAUCGCAAAAAUUUUUUUAUAAUUAAAUAUAUAUUUUUCUCAUAAAGAACUGAAAAGAAAAACACGGCCAAACUCAUUUAUUGAUUUGAAAAGCUCGCAAUCAUAAUGCGGUUUCAUAGGCCGUUUCCUACGCAUCUUGGGUGAUGGCGGCGAUCGCCUCGACCAGCGUCUUGAUGCACGUCGGAAUAGCCAAGCGGCAGCCUUUUCUCUGCAUCCCGUUCGUCGUGCUCCGAGUAUGAUUGAUGUCGGAUUGGCCCCCAUCAAGCUCCGAUUUGCAGACAAUGGAAGCGUUCACAUGCAUCUGCCUCAUCAUUGCCUUCGUUUGGUCGAUCGCCGACCGCAACAACGAAUUUUACAACUUCUUCGUCAGAUGCACGGAGUUUCUGCUCGCCUUUUUGCCGUCCAAAUACAACAUUAACCUUAAUGACGGUGAGAAAUACACGCCCCUCCAAACAACAAGAAAAAAAUUAUGACAAUCAUAUUUCAAGGAAUAGAAAAAAAACCACUUUAAAAUCUGAAACUCAAAUUUAACAUUUCAUUGAGCUUGCCUCGAAAAACAUCUAAUAGGCUUGAUGACCCCUUUUAAAUAUUUUUCGAUUAUUUUCUGAGUUUGACGGAACAAUUUUUCAUUUGUCAAAUUUUCAAAAGACUUGAGUUAUUAAAUCUUGAAGGAAGUUUUUCCCCUAUCCUCAUAGAUUUCUGACUUGAUCGUCAUCUUUUUUUGAUAUCAAUUAACAAUUUCAAGCUCAAAUUUUUUUUAGACUCAGCAAGUCUGUCUUUGACCUUUCACUUCUCAUGAUUAAGUAAUUAGAACUUAGAGAGGUUGAAUUUCGGCAUUUUCUAUUUUUUUUUUUUUGCAUUCUAUUCAGGCAAAAAAGAUUUAAAAAUUAGACGUAGUUGACUUACCUGUGGCUGUUUUUUGUUGAGCGCAGAACACUGUAGCAAAAAAACCUUUCCAUUCUGCGCUCAAAAAUGGUGCCCAAAUGAUAAAUUUUUCCAUUGCUAGUUUUGAAAAUAGAAGAUAAGUCAAUAUACUUUGUUAAACUUCUAAGUUUUCGAAACUCCUUUAAGUUGAAAAGAACGAAUUAUCGAUGAUUAUUCUUGAGUCAAAUCAACGGUUAAUGAACUAUCAUAACAAUAAACCUAAUCUUUUUAAAAUAAGUUUUUGAUUCGAGUGCAAUUUGGCUAUUCAUUUUUCAAUUGACUUGCUACGAUCUUACAGGAAAAAGCUGUUUAAAAUUCAGUUUUUUUUUUGGAAAAUGGUUGGCACAUGUCCGAAAGUACUGUGUACAGAUAACAAAAUAAAAACCUGAAAAGAUUCAGCCAAAAAAUUGGCAUGUUUGAACCUUGUGGGAAGUAGACUGUUUUGUGAAAAUUAUCUUCUUUUUUAUUUCAUUUCAUGCCAGACGAGAAUGGAAAGUAAACAUUUCAAAUGUCAGAAAAGUCGGAAACUUUGAGUUAUAGCCCAUUUAUAAAUGCAGUCAAAACCUAUUAGAGCUGGAGCAGUUCUGAUGGAAGGAUUAUGAUUUUAUGACCGGUUAACUCCUGUCUAAUUAAUUUGAACAAACUGAUGAGUUUGCAGCGGCGAUUCAACUGUGCAUCAUCGGCCUGGUUUUGACGGUGACUCUUCUCGGCCUUUCAGUCUACAUUUGCCGCGUCUCCUUCGAGUGCACCAUGUGGGUGGCCGACGAACUUCGUGCACGUCGUCAACAGAAAACCUUCGAACAAUCCAGAACUCGCAUCGCCAGCGACGAACUCUACUGCAAUUGA